AGCGAUGCCAUCGUCGUUUGUCGUCAACUUGGUUUACCCCGCGCUACCCAGGCUGUAUCUGGGGCAAGGUUUGGUCAAGGAACAGGCCCUAUUCUGCUCGACGAUGUACAAUGUACAGGCUCAGAGUUAACAUUGUCAAGAUGUUCAUCUGGAGGAUGGAAAAACCAUAAUUGUGAUCAUAAUGAAGAUGCUGGUGUUGUGUGUGGCGGAAGCCUACCAACAGCUCAAUCUCGUCUUACCUGCUACSUGUGUCACAGUUCUACAUCCACAAGCUGUCAAAAUCCCAUAACACRUCAGUGCGAUUCGAAUGUUAGGAACUGCAUAAAAUACAAGGCUACCAUAAACUAUGGUGGACAGAAAACAGGAGUUGAGGUAGCUGCUUGCGAUUCGUUUGGAUCACUUUGUUCAAGCUCAAUACAACAAUAUUGUAGCAGCGCCAUGGUAAGCUUAGAGAUUAGUAUUUCGCCCGACAUUUCAUUUCACGUCACGCGUCCCAAGGCAACGAAAUGCUAUACCUGCGAAUCUUCUACCUCAUACAAGGAUUGUGAAGACAAAAGCGUGUUAAGUACCUGUAACAGCGCCCAAUCCACGUGCUACAAGGCAGACUACGGGACAGACUCCCCGAACUCCCCGACCACCGGACCCUACGGCCAAACAUCYGGUACUCGUAAAUACGGCAAAGGCUGUGUGUCGAGUUCUCAGUGUACAAAAGAGAGGCUGUCCUUCUGCAGACGUUAUGGAGUAUCAAUGAGCAAUGAUUGUAAUGUUUAUUGCUGUACUGGGGAUAAGUGUAAUACAGCUUUGAGCUUAGGAGUCAGCAGUGUAUUGCUCUCAGCAUGCGCAGUCGUACUGGCUCUGUUACUUUAA